GACACUUAACCGACUGAGCCAUCCAGGUACCCCUGGGGGAGUUUUAUAUAUUGAUUUUUCUUGAAAAGAAUCUUGCCUGUAUUUAACCCGUUAAAAUGCAAAUGGAAUAUAAUACAUGCAAAACAUGAGGGCAUCUUGUUUUUAUUUUAGAAAGACAGAGAGUAUGGGGGUGGGGGGGCAGUCAGAGGGAGAGGGAGAGAGAGAGACAAUCUCAAGCAGGCUCCAUGCCCAGCGUGGAGACCAACAUGGGGCUCAAUCUCACGACCCUGAGACCAUGACCUGAGCCGAAACCAAGAGUCAGAUGCCUAACCAACUGAGCCACCCAGCUGCCCUGAGGGCAUCUUUAUGUUUUAUUUUGCUCCCCGCCCCCCUGUAUCAAUUGUGCCCUUUCAUGGUGGGAAAAGAAUGAAAAGAACCAUUUACAUUUAUAUUUACACCUCACUUCAUCCUCUGCAAAAUGCUUUCCCAUCUGCUGUCCCCACUGUCACUUCCCAGCAGCCCCAGGAAGGAGGGGCUGAUCAGGACCUCCACAUGGUGCGGGGGUAAACGGGCCUCAGGAAGGAAAGUGUCUUUGGGGCCGUCGCAGUUGCUUGGUGGCAACAACAAAGGAGCCCAUGGCUCCAGCCCCUCUUCUCUGCCUCACUCCCUUCCAGUGGCCACUUUUCUUUUUCUCUUUCCUUCUGAUCUGCCUUUCUCUCCUCUUUCUGUCUCUCUGACUUGGUGUCUCUGUUUUUCUCCUUCAGUUUCCCUUUCCCUCGUGCUCCAGCCCUGACUGGCAGCAGCUUUGGAGGUUGUCCAAGCUUUGCCUCACUCUGGAAACCUGCCAGCUCCACAGGCCCCCACAAGCUCAGUAUCUCUGGUGCCAUGGUGCAGAUGCUAACUGUGGAUGCCACUCCCAGUCUCCCCAUCUGGCCCUAGAUAAGAUAAGGGUGGGGACCAGCCUUAUAAACAGGCCCCAGUCAUUCCCCGGGCCCAGGCCCCAGCUGGCUCGGACCACAUCAGCCCAGGAUCAGCAUGGCCGUCCGCCUGUGGGUGGUCGCCCUGGCCGCCCUCCUCAUUGUGGACAGAGAAGUGCCAGUGUCGGCGGCAAAACUCAUCUCCCCAAGGAUGCCCAUCUGUGAGCACAUGGAGGAGUCUCCUGUCUGUUCCCAGACAUCCAACCUGGUCUGUGGCACUGAUGGUGUUACGUAUAACAGUGAAUGUCAGAUCUGCUUGAUCCGGCUGAAAACCAAAAAGGACAUCCAGAUCCUGAAGGAUGGCAAAUGCUGACCCCCAUAGCAGCCUCUUAAGUCAUGAAACUUCAGGCUAGAGAACAGUUUUGGAAGUGGAGGAUGUGACAUGAAUAAAAGAUCCAGCCCAAUUCAG